AUGUGGCACAACGUGGGGCUGACGCUGCUGGUGGUCGUGGCCACGCUGCUGUUCGUGCUGCUGCUGAUGGUGUGCGGUUGGUAUUUUGUGUGGCAUCUUUUUCUAUCAAAAUUCAAGUUUCUGCGGGAACUGGUGGGAGACACAGGAUCCCAGGAGGGAGAUCAUGAACCUUCAGGGUCUGAAACUGAAGAGGACACUUCCUCAUCUCCACACAGGAUCAGAGCUGCUCGCCACAGGAGGGUGCCCGCUGAGGAAAACCACUGA